AUGCCGAACCCCCGUUCCCGCGAGGCACAAGUAGCGAUGCGCCGCGACGCGAUUAACGCGAGCCUAGCGCGUAAACCGGCUAGGAUUUCGGUUCACUCCGCGCUGCUCGCUGCUGAGGAAAAUGCCGGGUUUGAUGCCGGCGAACUUGUGCGCGAGUACGUUGACUCUGCGCACACGGGCGUCUUUACCGUUCGGAAUACGCGCAGCCGGGUUACAGAGGAAGAUAAGGCGUACCUUGUGGAGUUGCGUAGUCAGAUUGGAUUGGGGCGCGUGAAGUCUUGGGUUGAUGCUGUCUCGGAAGCGCCGCAUCAUCGUGAUAAGCCUGAGUUCUGGCGCCACGCCUUCCAGCAUCACAAAGCAGAAAUCGUUGCUCGCGUCAACGCCCUACGCCGUCCACGCACGUCCUCGCGCCGCGGCGCUGCUGCCACCCCUUCGCGUCGCAACUCUGUUGCGCACACCUCACGUCGCGCCCGCCCUUCCGCUACCAGCAGCCGCGCAGUUCCCGCCACCCCUCAACUCUCAGCUCGCGAGGCCCGGCAGCAGGCGCGCACUGCACGCCGUGCCCAUCAGCUUGCUGCUGCGCAGCCUUCUGAGCGGAGCCUCCGGCACCAGGCCCGCGCCUUGCGCGCUGAGCAGGCCGCCCGCGACGCGCAGGUUGACGAAGUCAUUGAAGACGUCGAAGUCAAAAUGGAGGAGGACGAUUCCGCCCACGACGCGCGGGUUGAUGUAGUCUUUGAAGGUAUCGAAGGUAAGAUCGAGGACUACCACGCUUGGGCGGACCAUAUGCGGAGGAUUCAGGAAAGGCUUGAGUCUGAAAGAGCUGGAAGAGUGGGGGAUCUAUAA